AUGGAAACCGUCGCGCAAGACCUUGGUGGUGGGAGAAAAAUGCCGUGCGGAUGGCGAUCCUCGAGAAAUUUCGUUAUCUGUGUGGUUUGUUUUGCAGGAAUGACGAUUGUGCCCAUUGUUCCGACAGCUCUCCAUGAGAGAGUCAAGCUAUCUCAGGGAGAGGAGCAACGGUGGACGUCGAUUCUUCUCGCGCUACACGGAGCAGCAAUGACCAUAGUGUCUCCCAUAUGCGGAUAUCUUGCAGACCGCGCCCAGUCCCGUCGAUGGCCGUUCCUCAUAGGGCUUGCGAUCUUGGUGGUUGCCACGGCGCUACUAUGUAUAGGCACGAACCUGGCUCUGUGGAUCGUGGGUCGCUUACUUCAGGGCGCUGCUGGGGCGAUGGUUUGGACCGUCGGGCUCGCGCUGCUGGUCGAUCGAUUUGAGGAGGAUGCACUGGGACAAGCGCUGGGGUAUGCCGCCAUGUCCACGGUAGGGGGAACCACGGCUGGCCCGCUCUUGGGGGGCAUUCUCUAUGAGCAUGGCGGCUAUUACGCCCCGUUCGGACUAGCAUUUGGCGUUCUUGUGUUGGACGCGGUCCUCCGCAUGAUGAUCGCCGAGAAUGCGCCAGAAGAGACAACAAUGGAGCCUACUAAUGUGGAACAUGUGCAGGUGAAAACCGAGAAACAAGAAGCACCCGUCGAAGAAAACGCCACUGCCACGGUAUCUGGGGAAGAAGGAGCUGGUGUCUGCACGCGAAAAAACCAAACACCAGACCAGUCUGGCCUGAAACCUCCACCGUUGGGCUCCUGUCAACCCUCGGCACAUGCCGCAGCGCUUUGCCUGCUCCGGUCUCCACGGAUGCUUCUGGCAUUGACGGUCUAUUUUCUCGUCUCGGCGGUUCUAGCAGCAUUUGAUAGUGUGUUGCCACUGCAUGUCCAUGACACCUUUGGUUGGAAGCAAACGGCCCAAGGCCUCAUUUUCAUCCCCCUGAUGGCACCGCAUGUCAUCGACCCCGUCAUCGGCUCUGUGCUAGACCGGUGGCCCAGAACCCGCUACUACUUGAUUGCCGCAGCCCUUUUUGCAAUGGUACCGCUGUUGUGCAGCCUGCGGUAUGUUACGGAGAACCUUCUCAGUCAUAAGAUUCUUCUCUGCGCAUUGCUGGCGCUCAUUGGUGCUUGCAUUGGUAUCAUCGAGACACCAGUUAUGGUCGAGGUGACCCGUCUUGCGCUUGACGCACCAGUCGCUAGCCCCGGGGCGUUGGGCGGAAAGGCCUUGAUUGCACUGGCCUGCGGACUGAGCAAUGGCUUUUUUGCUGCUGGGGCAUUGAUGGGACCCUUUUUCGGAGGAUACAUUCGAGAUUAUGCCGGGUGGACGACUAUGUCGUGGGCCCUGGCGGUGCCGAUGGGCGUGUGUGGAGUGGUGGUGUUGGUAUCUCGUCACUGA